CCAAAUUAAACUUUAAUUGCACUAUCAUGCAAUUCCAGAUUGCAUGGAAGUGCCAUUUUGUUUAAUAUGAAUAUCUCAGCUGGAUUGCCUGUAGGAAAAAGGCUGGAUAUGCAAAGCCUGAGGAGCUGCACUCCUGUGUUAGUUGGCAGCUGUGACCUGCACAGGCUGAUAGGACUGGGUGCCACUUGCUCCCAUUCAGGCCCAUCCCUGGCACCUUCCCUCCAGUUCUUCACUGCUGCACUGCAGUUGUCACACCAAAUUUGAUCCCAGGCAAAACCCUUUCAACCUCUGCUGCUGAGGAAAGGUGAAUCUACUGCCCAGAAAGCCCCUGUUUGCCUUCAGAUCUCAUUCCAUAGUAAGUAUUUUGCAUGUUCCACAAUAGGUGUUGCAAGGGCUCACUUUGGAGUAAACGAAGUCUUUGUAAUGGCAGGAUAUUUCAGAGAAGAGGGAACAUGUGACUCCAAAUGCCUCCAGGCAGAGGAAGUCUGGGCUUGUCUCUUUUGCAUCUUCAGUAGGGGAUCUGAUGACAGAGAUGUUUCUCCUCUGCUGUACUGCCCUGAUUUUUGCCUCACAGGAGAAAACAAAUUCCAGGGAGUUUGGGGCUGAGUGAAACCAUGUCUGUGUUGUAUUCAUCCUUUUCCUUGAAACCUGCUGACAGCUCUGCUUAGUAGGCCUAGUUAGAAAUUUUGGUUACCUAAAUAAUACGUAAACUGUAAUGGAAUGGAAUUUAUCCCAACAGACGUCCAGUUAGAUAUCAUAGUUACGCUCAUGAACAGCCUGUGAACAUUUUCACAGCUGGCUGUCAGGCUAGAUGGCUCAGAUGUGCAAACUUCAUGAAGUCCCUCAGGGCAAAGCGUAGUCUCUGCUAACCCUUCGCGGCCUAGUGAGCGAGCAGGAGACAGGAGACAGGAGACAGGAGACAACUCUCGCAGGUGGAGUUAGCAUGGAGCAGCCCGGGCGCGUUUCAGCAGCUUUCCCUGAGGAGUGUCCGUCUCUCCCGCAGGAAGCUGGAGGGCGGCGCGGCGGAGCAGCCGCUGGAGCUGACGGCGGACGGGCGGCCGGCGGCGGGCGGCGGGCGGCGGGCGGCGCCGUGCGAGUGCCGCUGCUGCGGCCUGCCCAAGCGCUACAUCAUCGCCAUCAUGAGCGGCCUGGGCUUCUGCAUCUCCUUCGGCAUCCGCUGCAACCUGGGCGUGGCCAUCGUCCAGAUGGUCAACAACAACACCGUCUAUGUCGACGGCAAGCCGGAGCUGCGGUCAGCCCAAUUCAACUGGGAUCCAGAGACUGUGGGACUCAUUCAUGGCUCUUUUUUCUGGGGUUACAUUGUGACACAAAUUCCAGGAGGGUUCAUCUCCAAUAAGUUGGCUGCUAACAGGGUAUUUGGGGCAGCUAUCUUUCUAACAUCUACACUGAAUAUGAUCAUCCCUUCUGCAGCAAGAGUGCAUUAUGGCUGUGUGAUGUUUGUAAGGAUUCUUCAAGGUUUGGUGGAGGGCGUCACGUACCCAGCCUGCCACGGGAUGUGGAGCAAGUGGGCCCCACCUCUGGAGAGAAGCAGGUUGGCUACCACUUCAUUCUGUGGGUCCUACGCAGGUGCAGUGGUGGCCAUGCCCCUGGCAGGUGUGCUGGUACAGUAUAUAGGAUGGUCAUCAGUCUUUUAUAUUUAUGGAAUGUUUGGGAUUGUUUGGUACGUGUUUUGGCUGCUUCACGCCUAUGAGAGCCCUGCUGCACAUCCAACAAUAACCAGUGAAGAAAGGAUAUAUAUAGAAACAAGUAUAGGAGAAGGAGCCAGCCUAGCUAAUGCAAGUAAAUUUAGUACUCCCUGGAAGAGAUUUUUCACUUCAAUGCCAGUUUAUGCAAUCAUUGUGGCAAACUUCUGCAGAAGCUGGACCUUCUAUUUGCUCCUCAUAAGUCAGCCUGCUUACUUUGAAGAAGUCUUUGGAUUUGCAAUUAGCAAGGUUGGCCUUUUGUCAGCAGUUCCUCACAUGGUCAUGACAAUCAUUGUGCCCAUCGGAGGGCAGCUGGCUGACUUCCUACGGAGCAGGAAGAUCUUAACCACUACCACUGUAAGGAAGGUCAUGAACUGUGGAGGCUUUGGGAUGGAAGCAACCUUGCUUUUGGUGGUUGGUUUUUCUCACACAAAAGGUGUGGCUAUUUCCUUUCUGGUGUUAGCAGUAGGCUUCAGUGGCUUUGCAAUUUCAGGCUUCAAUGUGAAUCACUUGGACAUAGCCCCUCGUUAUGCCAGCAUUCUGAUGGGGAUCUCCAAUGGUGUGGGGACACUGUCAGGAAUGGUGUGCCCACUCAUUGUUGGAGCAAUGACAAAACAUAAGACCCGUGAAGAAUGGCAGAACGUCUUUCUGAUUGCAGCCCUGGUGCAUUACAGUGGUGUGAUAUUCUAUGCUAUCUUUGCAUCUGGGGAGAAGCAGGAAUGGGCUGACCCUGAAAACCUCAGUGAAGAGAAAUGUGGCAUAAUUGAUCAGGAUGAACUGGCUGAAGAAACAGAGAUGAACAAUGAAACUUUUGUAAGUCCCAAGAAAACGUAUGGUGCUACCAGUCAAAAUAGUGAAGUACAGAGAAGGGAAUGGAGGAAGCAAAAGCAAGUAUCUCAAGACAUAGAGGAACAGACUUCUUACCAUUAUGAAAAUGGAAAUUUUCAAGAUUUGUCUUAAUACUUGAAACUGUAAGAUUUGUAUAGCUACUCCCAUGACUCCUGCCUAGCUGCCCCAAAUCCACAGGUAUCCAUAUUUAUUGUCUUACUCAGUUAUAUAAUAUCAAUCCACACAGCUAGAUUUGAGGGGUGAUAGUUCCCUCCCAAUGGUGUGUAAGAAAGCUAACAACAGUGGGACUGGGAUAAGUGAUCCUAAAUCCUCUCCCAGCCUGCAUGGAUUGGUCAGGCAGCAUGACCUUGGGAGACCAGGCCUGGCAGGGCUACAGUCUGAUGCAAGCUGUAGAACUGACUGCAGGAGCAAGGAGUUCCCCCAUCAUCUCAUCUAAACAGAGAAAGGACAAGUGAUAUCAGAUGGUGGAUCCACAGUGAUCUGUGUAAUUCCUGGGUCUCCAGUGGUGUCACAGUCUUUAGGGAGCAGCCAUGCUUUGCCUCUUUAGGAUUCCUGUAGGGGGGCAUUUGAGCUGCUUAAUCCAUGUCAAACCUCAAGCUCCUGCUAAUAGAUCAGAGCAGACAGAAAAGCAGAUUUAUGACAGUAGGCUGUAAUUAAUUACUAAUAGUCACUCAACAAGGGGAAGAGAAACAUGUGACAGAUGUGGCACAGGAUUGCUUCAACAGUUCCUACAAAUUGAUAGGCAGAUAUCUUAAUAUGCACACUCCACAGUGUGACAAGACAAUAAAAUGGAUACUUGUAAAAUUUCUCCCCUCCAAAGAUUUUGUGCUGGCAUGAAAUAAUUUUGAAUACAAAAUCAUUGUUAGUGAUGCAAUAUUAAUAAUCCUUAUGGAAGGAAAUCAUAGCCCUGUUUUGAUUAGGAUCCUCACUCAAUUCAUUAUUGUGAAGUAAUUUGAAUAUAUUUUUCUAGUAUUAUACUGAUAGAGUUCUGGUCUCAACAACAGUCCUCGUUUAGGUGAACGAGCUUAUUUACAGGACUAAAGUCUUUAGUUCUAGAUCUGUAACUUUUCAAUGCCUCAGUCUUGUUCUUGCCAUGAAUGAAGCGCUGUACCAUUUGAGAAUUAAUGGGGUACCUAUGUAUAAAAAAAGUAAUUAUCCACUGCCAUUGGUAUAUUUGACAAUAAAAAGUGGCUUUAGCCUUUUUCUACCAUUUUUAGAAUCAAACAGUGGAGCAUGCUGUAUCAUCUCAGUUAGCUGCAACUCAGAGACUCAUUGUGGCAUUAAUACUCUUUUCAGAAUGGAUAAUUUCAGUAAGCUGUGAUUUAAUUUGUCUCUCAUUAUAACUACUGCCUCAUUAAAUUCAAGUGAAAGCU